AUGCUUAUCAUUACGGAGCACCUCCUGGGCCUCUUCGAGGCCGUGCGCGGCCAGUGGCAGCUCGCAGAGCUGGACAUGCUGGAGCACGCGCAAUACUGCGUCUAUGGCCCUGAAGACCACUUCGAUUGGCACCUGGAUCAGCCUGCGGAGGCACCACCUCCUGCUCGCCGCCUCUCUCUGGUUUUGAUGCUCUCCGCGCCCGGCGACUUCUCUGGAGGUGAGUUGGAGUUGAACCUCGCGGGCACUGCUCGGCCAAGGCUCUGCGCGGGCGACGCCAUCAUCUUCCCCGCGGAGACGGUGGAGCACCGAGUUGCGCCCGUUGAGACGGGCAUGCGCCAAACUCUGGUUUGCUGGGCCUACGAUGCCCCUGCAGCUAUCUGA